UUCAAUUCUAAAAUAAAUCAAACAAGGAGAUCAUAAUUAUAUUGACAUUAACUUUAAGAUUGAUUUUAAACUGAAUAUUCAAGGCGGUGAUAUUUUGGUACCAGGGCAAACUGCCAGAUUGUCUUUACACUAUCAACAGCAUGAUGCAUUUUACUAAUAUCACGUAAAUAAUACAAAUUAGACACGUAUCCAGUUUACUUUUAGUAACUUGUUAAUUUAAGGCGUGUGUAAUAAAAAAUAGCCUAAAUUUAAAUAAAUGUAGCACACAAAACACAUAAAAAGUUAUAAAAAGCGGAGAACUGCCGGUUAAUUAUGAUAAUGUCAAUAUUAUGCAAUUAAUUGGUACGAAGCACGCCCGACUGGUUUCGGUCACGGAUUUUGACGCUCAGUGAAACUAUAGUGCGAUAAGAUGGAGAUGUCCUCGUCGGAACAGCUCGAGCCAGCUGGUGUUGACGCUGCCAGUCCUGGCAGGAGAGCGGCUGUUCCUAAAAUCCCACUGGCUCUGAGGCUGUGGAGCCUGCUGCAGCCACUGGCAAGGUUUUGGGGAUUGAUCACGGCUGUUGUGAUGAGUGGCGCCGGUUCCGAACUCGUGGUGCUAGGGCGAGGGGCAUCAGGGCCGGGCUUGCUCGUCGGAUCAGCAUGCGUUCUGAUACUGGAGACGAUGUGGGUCGCGGCGCUGUUUGUGGACGUGCUAUGCCGCCGCGGGGAAUACACGCUGCCGCUGCGGUGCUGGGACUUCACGCGCUGGUCGUGCGGCCGCGCGCGCGCUCCAGCAUACGCGUGCGCCGCCACCGCGCUUUUGUUCGCUGACCUUACGCUGCUGGCCACUAUAUCAGGUGGCAUGCUGCUGGUAUUAGCGGCGCUCCGAGCCGCAAUACCCUUCUCGCCUAACGCAACACACGGGCCGCACUCGCCCCGCGCUGGUAGCUCUCUCCUCAGUCAGCUGGAUUCGCCGUUGCCUGAUGUGUUCUACUCGCAGGCUGUAAAGGAGAGAUGUGAAGAGAUGACCGUGUUGGAUCUAAAGGUGCCCGACCGGAACCGCUCGCCUUCGCCCAAGCCACCCCUUCUAGAGCUAUGACUCAAUUCUGCUCAAUCGUUACUAUGAAUUUAUGCUUUUCUCAUUGCCAAGUCUCCACGCAAUUAUUUGUCUUCUUAAAUAGUAUAUGAGUCAUAAAUGGUCUACAACUCUACAUACACAAAUAUGUACAUAUUUACUUAUUGACAUAAUAUUGAUAUCGAAAAUAGAAAUGAAAGAUUUGUAACAAUAUGUUAUGACUCAAAUGUAGGAUUUUGGCGUAAGAUUAAAUUUGUCUAAAUGUAUGAGUUUAGAUGGAAAGGUAGGUAGUAAAGCUAUGGUAAAAAGAAUCUAGAAAUACUUAAUUAGGUAUUUAUUAUUAACCUACCGAGCAACUGUGAUAGCCUAGAAUAAUGUUAACUUAAUAUCACUUAAAAUGUUACAACGGCGUAAGGUUACAAUGAACUUUUGUACUAAGUUUAUAAAAUUUAUAAACACAA